CGGCAGGGCACUCAGGUCUGCCAGAGCGCACAGACCUAUACAUACACACACGUCUACACACUUGUCAAAUUCACACACACACACCUUUCACAGACUUCACACACGCACCCUCCCUCUUCAAGGCACCCUGUGCGACCUCUCACCAUUGGCCAAGUCCCGGAGCCCUCAGCAUCUCCAUCACGGCUGACGGGACCAUUCGGGAAAGCAGGAGACGGAGGUGGACUAUGAGGAUGCUUGUGCGGCUUCUGUUCGGACUCUUCGUCCUCAAAGCGGCGGUGGCCAGCCCCAGAUUUUCCCGGCAAGCGCACUUAGACACAUACAGUAGCACUAACUAUGAUGACAAUUUCAAUUUGGAGAGUGACUAUGAGGAUGUCCUGACAAUUGGUGAGCCUCAGAUAGAGAUUGGAACACUGCCCCCACCUGAAUAUGAGGGCUCACUGGAAACACAGAACGAAGUGGAGCAGCCGAAGGAAGAAGAAGAGUUGCCUCUAAAACCCCAGCUAGUCCCUCAGGGUUCGGGAGGAUCUGGGGUUCUCAUGGGCCUAGACACACAAAAAGAGGUGGAGCUUCGUCUGACACCCACUGAUAGACCUCGUAUCAUUCAGGAUUUCUGGAUCUCUGUAGAGUCUGGGGCCUCUGGGGCCUCUGGAGCUUCUGGGGUCUCUGGGGCCUUUGGAGCUUCUGGAACUUCUGGGGCCUCUGGGGCUUCUGGGGCUUCCGGAGCUUCAGGGUCUGGAGGCUCAGGAGAGAUUCUGGUCUCUAGCGCCUCAGGAGGCUCUGGAGGCUCUGGAGACAUUGUGCUGAUCUCCGGAACCUCAGAGGAGCUCCACAUCUCGGGAGAAUCCAGCCAAUCAUUGAUAUCUGGCAGUCUCUUGAUAUCUGGGGAUCUCUUGGGAUCCGGAGAUUUCAUGGGAUCUGCUAUUUCUGGAACCUCGGCCGAUUUUGCCUCUGGAGGUUCUGGAAUUUCCACUGAACUCCAUUUGGGUUCUGGAGGGUCAGGAGACCAGUCUGGCUUUGAGGUAUCCGGAGAUCUUUUGAGCUCAGGGGCUUCUGGAAUAUCUGGGGUUUCUGGGGACUUUGAGUCCGGGGACCAAAGGAUAACAUUUAUAUCUGGAGAGGAGGAGCUGCCAAUCACUCCAGACAUUAUUGCCCAGGAGACACUAGGUACUUCUGGGGAGUUCUCAGGAAUCCCAGAGGUUUCGGGAGAUGAUGGAGUCUCUGGAGAAGUAUCCGGAAUCUCUGGGAUUUCUAGUGUCUCUGCAUCUGGAGAAACUGAGGUCCCUGUAACUCUGCUCCCCACCACUUUUGAAGAGGAGAAGCUGCUUCCACCUACAACACAAAGCCCUCAAGAGGGUGCUGGCACUGUAGAAGGGUCAGUGAGCUCUGAGCUGCUAGAGCCCAGUGAGCCUGAUGAGCCAGACAAGCCUGAAGAGCCUGUGGUUGACAGACGAGGUAUGCCCAUUUGCUUGCUGUGCACAUGCCUUGGUGGUUCAGUCUACUGCGAUGACUUGAAUCUGGAUAGUGUGCCCCCUCUCCCCAAAGACACCACUCACUUCUAUGCUCGCUACAACAGAAUCAAAAAGAUCAACAAGUCUGACUUUGCCUCCAUGAACAAACUGAAGAGGAUUGACCUGACCCACAACGAGAUAACAUCCAUUGAGGACAGAGCUUUUAUGGGUCUGCCUGAACUGGAGGAGGUGGUGAUUCGAGAAAAUCACAUCUCCCAGCUGCCGUCUUUCCCAGAGACUAUGACCCUGAUUGAUGCCAGCCACAAUAACAUUGGCUCAAAGGGUAUUCAUAGAGAGGCAUUCAAAGAUAUGACUGGCCUGCUGUACCUGUACCUAACAGACAACCACAUUGAUUAUAUCCCAGUGCCUCUACCAGACACCCUGCGGUCUCUGCACCUACAGCGUAACAAUAUUCAAAUGAUGCACGAGGACACGUUCUGCAACCUCCAAGAUUUCAGCUACAUCAGAAGAGCACUGGAGGACAUCCGUCUGGACGGCAACCCCAUCAACCUCAGCAGAACCCCACAGGCAUACAUCUGCCUGCCCCGUAUACCCAUCGGGGAUCUCAUUUAACCACACAAAUACAACCACACGCACACAUAUUUGUACAUAUUAACAGCCCACAUACGAUUCAUUCACUUGUCAAUCCAAAAUCUCAUUUACAACAGUGCCUUACCAAUAAACUGUCAUACAUGCUGCUGGAUAUAACACCAUUUAGAUUAAUUAUCAGCCUUAAAAAACAGAAAUUAGUGAGUGCAAUUCUGCUGACCAAGCACAUAUUCACUGCUCUACUCCAUCUUCAUCCCGUUGUUCGGAUAUUUAUCCCAGGGCACACAACAGCACGCGUACACACCAAAAGAUAUGGAUACUCAUAUCCAUAUCCACACACACAGACAUUCACACAAGAAUGUUGUCAAAAGCCAAACUGUCCCACAACUUUAUUAAAAGUGAACAACGGGCAGUAUUCACAGAAAAACAAAUCUGUUAAAAGCCCUCAAAUGUCAUGUAUGUGUUCGUUUUCACAGUUGGCAGAAAAAUGACAACAUUCUUUAAAUGUAUUUGUUUUGUAAAAAAAAUAUAAUGUUAUUAAUAAUAAAUCUAAUAACUUUCGGCAAUGUAUACUAGAAUAUAGUUAUCAAAGCUGGAGCUUGAUAAAAAGUCAAUUGAGUAUCUAAUGCAAUAAAAUGUGCAUUUUAAACACACUCAGUGGUUGUAAAGUCUGUACUGUAAUAUAAAAAAAUAUAUAUUCUGAUCAUGAAAAAGGUGUGUUUUUUUUUAAGUGAACUGCAAUUUUUCGGUAUAUUACACUACAAAAAAGUGAUGUUUUAACCAUGCACAAUAGCUGAUACCAACAACUCUGAUGUGUAGAGUCAGUCAACAAAACACUAUUGUUUAAUAUGGGGACGGGAAGCUGUUGAUUUUGAUUGUGGAUGGGGUAAAGAAAAAUGCUAACAGGUUGCUAUUGUGUGCUCUGUAUGGAAUAACCACAAGUGAAUAAAGUCAUUUUGAAGACCUCUCCAAACUAGGAGUGGCUCAACGUUUUUAUUGAUAACUAGUAGGUGAAUUAUUAAUGUGGAUCUUUAAUUUUAUGAGGGCAAAUGAGAACUGGGAACUGCUCAGAAAUGUGCCAAAAAAGGGGGGAAUUUUUGCAGAUAAAGCCAGUGUAUGCAAGGAUUUUAGAGCUGAGAUU